CGCGCCAACGCGACUAAGCGGCAACGAUGUGAACAACGAAGGACACAGACCCAGAGCCGACAUCGCUUGAUUACUGAACAUCUCAUCAACGAAACCAGCGUCGCAUUUCCGUCUAAACUUUGUGUGAAUCACAGCAAGGAUAUACGAUUCGACAGACCAGGCCAAGAUCGAUAUUCGAAUUACUCAACAUGUCUCAUGGUUCGAUGGCCAGCUCGUUGCAGGAGCAAGUUGCGGUAGACGAAUUGGGAUCAGACCACUUCAUCAGUCGCGUCGAUCCCGCCCGCAUGGGAAAUAAGGCAAAUAUUGCAUACGGAGGAUGUACCAUCAGCAUCGGCGUUCAAGCGGCAUGCAGCACUGUAUCACCCAAGUACCUGCUCUAUUCGGCGACGGGCAACUACCUAGGCCCAGCAUUGACGGACCGCAAGCUCAAAUGUGCUGUCCGAAGAGUCCGCGAUACGAAAACCUUCGCCACCAGAUUGGUUGAGAUCAGCCAAGAUCAGGACGAUGGCAAAUCCAGACUAUGCAUGAUCAUGCUGGCCGACUUCCAAGUGAAAGAAGAGGCUUCUCUUCUCGUAUACUCUGCGCCGCCAUCAAUGAGCUACUCACCACCUGAGAAAUGUCUCACAACACAAGAGGCAACCGAAGACAAGGUGCGGAGGGGCGUUGUGACAAAAAAGCUGGGGGAUCUGUACCUGGCCACGUUUGGCUUUAACAGCCGCUUCUUCGAGACCCGCGGCUGCCCGGAGACAGUUGCACCGAACAACCUCUACGGCAUGGCCAAGACUGUCAAGACGCCCCAAGAGAGUCUUGGCUUGACAUCAAAGACAUCUGCCGAUUGGUUCCGCUGCCGCCAUCCCCUGGAACGACUCCAAGAUCGAUUCUCUGGACUGGGGUUCACCCUGGACGCAGCACUGUCCUUCAUCCCCCUGACCCACAGCAGCAAGUUCCUUGACGACGCUGGUCCUUGCUCCUCGCUUGAUUUUGCGUUGAGGUUCUUCACCGGAGACAUCAACCUGGGGGACUGGCACCUUAGAGAGAUGAAGACUAUCGCCGGUAACGACGGCCGAACCUACACCGAAGCCCGACUUUGGGAUCAACAAGGGAAUAUGGUUGCUAUUAUGAACCAACAAUCGAUCAUGCGGCCUUUGAAAAAAGAUAUUCAAGCCGCUCUCUAGAGACUUCAAAGGUUCGAGCACAUUAUGUUAGAAUAGCAGGGGUGUGGACGUGGCGACUUUUUGUGGCGAAGCUUACUAUCAAUUGGGAUUAGAGUUAGAAGACUCAGAGAAGAAAGACUUAUGUGGUGAGAGCAUUGUGAUUAGAAGAGAACGCGUCGAUUCAAUAUUAUACAACAAUUUAGAUCAA